AUGAGCUCAGUUUCUCCACCAUCUUCUCCAUCGACGUCGCCUUCUUCGGUUCGGCUCUCUCCGAUUCCGCUUUCACCGUCAAUAUCACCUUCUCCCUCGCCUGAUCAAGAACUUGACGACGAUAGCGACCUCGAGCCCGUCUACCCAGGCUACAUUCCUGAAUCCUCCUCCGACGUAGUGGAUCACCGUUCAAGCAUAUUCGACUCCGAAGCCGACGCCCAAGUGGAUUGGGACCCCGAGUCUGAUUCACAAUCAAAUACACAGCCUUCAGACUCUGAUUCAGAGUCUUUAAUGUCACUCGAGAUCAACUCUCACGAUCCGCUAUUUAAUGACUCGGAUCCUUUCUCUCCCGACCUCGCAGACGAACUUGAGCUUGCGCUUCUCGCCGAAAUGGAUCAGUUGCCAGAUCUCCGUGGACAAAGGAUGCCACCCCCGGGCGACAGAGGAGAAGGCAUGCGAGGCCAACAUGGAGGCGGCGCGGCUCGUCACAACGGCUCGGGCGAUGUCCUCGUGGACCUGGAGUUGUAUUUCGAACAGGGGAGAAAUGGGAGGAGACCUCAGAACAACCAAAAUGGCCCUGCGGAUGUCAUCGAUUUGACCAACGAACCCGACAGCCCUGUCCAGAGACACGCGCCUCGACCUCCGACGAACCCCAUAAGGCAACACUCCCAAGGCAGGAACCCGCCGUCUUUCGCGCGAAGCGAUAGUAGCAUCCUCGCCGGCAUUGCACCACCCGUCAUCGACCUUACGGACGACUCCCCGGAAGUUCCGCGACGACGUGCGCCGCCUCCGCCCCCCCCUCGUCAGCGCGAUCGCAGUCGACAGCCGGUCGGAUUCACGUUGAACCCAAGCGGUGCAUUCAGUGGGCUAACAGCCGGAAUAAGGCGUUCUCUGUAUCCUUUCAGCUUUCUUCCCGGUGCUCCCGACAACGAGGUACAAUUGCUCGGCAUGUUGCACAACCGUAUCAAUCAAGGAGGAGACCUGAACAACCCCCUUGGAAACAUUCAACUCCAGUACGAGCACGGUGCUUUUGAUCAACGCGUCGAAUCACCCAAGCCAGUCCACCAAGCCCCGCCUCCCCCUAGACCCGGAUAUACAAGGGACACCGCCUCUGAUCUGGUCGUGAUAUGCCCCGCAUGCAACGAGGAGCUGGCUUAUGACCCUGACGUGCCUAUGAACGCGAAGCAACCUGCGCGCAAGGGUAACAAACGGCAGCGCAGCGAGCAUCACUUCUGGGCCCUGAAGGGAUGCGGACAUGUUUACUGUGAAGACUGCUACGAGAACCGCAAGCCAAUAGCUAAACGCCCAAAUACCGGAUUUGGGCGCGAUGGCGAUAGCAAACUCACCUGUGCGGUUGAUGGUUGCGAAACGCAGGCUACAAAUAAGACGGCCUGGGUCGGAAUCUACCUUUGA